GCUAACUCAGUCUAGGUUUAGACAUUCUGUCCGGUCUCCAUUCAUUCAUCUGAUUCUCUCCGACGGUCGGGUAAUUCUCUGGAGAAAUUUGCAGAGAUGUUGCAGAGCAAGGUCUUCAACAAAAAAACCAGAGGAGGGAGAAUCCAGAAGCAAGUGAGAGAGGUGUAUCUACGAGAUGACAUAUACUGCGGAGCUUUUGCUUGCAAGUCCUGCGAUACUUCAGCUGCUCGCUUGUCUUCCUCUAAGAUUAUUGUCGUGGAUACCAACGUCGUUCUUCACCAAAUUGACUUGCUGGAGAAUCCGGCCAUAGACGACGUUGUUGUUCUGUCCGUGGUGUUGGACGAGGUUAAGAACAAGAACACGUCUGUUUAUAACAGAAUCAGAGCUCUCUGCAGCAACCCAGCACGGCGAUUCUAUGUUUUCUCGAAUCAUGUCCACAAGGAUACUUACGUGCAGGCCAUGGAGAAAGAAAGCGCCAAUGACCGCAAUGAUAGAGCUAUCCGGGUUGCUACACAAUGGUACCAGAAACAUCUAGGCAGUACAUCCAAGGUGUUGCUUAUAACUAAUGACAGAGAAAAUAAAAGGAAGGCAGCUGAAGAAGGAAUUUCUGCAGAGACAAUUGAGGCGUAUGUUAAAUCACUGGGGCAACCCGGUUUGCUGGAUCUGCUUGUCCAACCAUCCAGUGAAGACGUUACCAUGGAAGAUGUUGAUGAUUCCAGACCUUCGAAGAGGAAAGUCGUAUACCCAGAGCAUAAGCCCAUGUCUGAGAUUACUGCUGGCCUACACCGUGGAAUAUACCAUCAAGGGAAACUUCGCGUCAAUCGUUUCAAUCCUUUUGAAGCUUAUGUUGGAAGCGAGAGCAUUGGCGAAGAGAUAAUUAUUUAUGGUCGUAGCAACAUGAACAGGGCUUUCGACAGUGAUAUUGUUGCUGUUGAACUCUUGCCUCGAGAUCAAUGGCAAGAGGAGAAGGCAUUAUCCAUAGUUGAUGAAGAUGAGGAAGAGGAUGAUAAUGUUCAUCUGGUUCCCAACAGUGCUGAUGAUGCUCCCAGAACCUCUAAUUUGGCACAAGGGACUUCUGGGGAUAAAAGUACUGUCCCUGCUCGCCCAUCAGGUCGUGUAAUUGGUAUUAUCCGUAGAAAUUGGCACUCCUAUUGUGGAUCUCUUGAGCCAAUGUCACUGCCUGCUGGUAGCGGUGGUGUUGCACAUGCUUUAUUUGUCUCCAAAGAUCGUAGAGUUCCAAAGAUCAGAAUUGUCACACGCCAGCUACAGAAUCUUUUAGACAAGAGGAUUAUAGUGGCAGUUGAUUCUUGGGAUCGGCAAUCUCGGUAUCCUUCUGGCCAUUAUGUACGGACAAUUGGGGAAAUAGGUGACAGGGAAACUGAAACUGAGGUUGUCUUGAUAGAGAAUGACGUUGACUACAGGCCAUUCUCAGCUCAAGUUUUGGCUUGCUUGCCACCUUUGCCCUGGUCUGUAUCUUCUGAAGAUCUGGCCAAUCCUAUCAGGCAAGAUUUGCGGCAUGUCCGUGUCUUUAGUGUGGACCCUCCUGGUUGCAAAGAUAUUGAUGAUGCACUGCAUUGCACAUCUCUUCCUAACGGGAACUUUGAAGUUGGAGUCCAUAUUGCUGAUGUAACAAAUUUUGUUCUCCCUGAUACUCCUUUGGACGACGAGGCAUCAAAAAGAGGCACAUCUGUUUAUCUUGUUGAGCGCCGCAUUGAUAUGCUUCCCAAGCCUUUGACAGAAGAUGUCUGUUCACUUAGAGCUGAUGUGGAGAGGCUCGCAUUCUCUGUUAUUUGGGAAAUGGGCCCUGAAGCUGAGAUUAUCUCAACGAGAUAUACAAAGAGUGUCAUCAGGUCCGCUGCAGCAUUGUCCUAUGUUGAAGCUCAGGCUCGGAUGGAUGAUAGCCGGUUGACCGACCCCCUGACUACAGAUCUGAGAAACAUGAACUCUUUGGCAAAGAUUAUGAGGCAAAGGCGUAUUGACAGGGGAGCCUUGACUCUUGCUUCUGCUGAAGUCAAAUUUCAGAUCGAUACAGAGACUCAUGACCCUCUUGACAUCGGCAUGUAUCAGAUUCGAGAAGCAAACCAAAUGGUUGAAGAAUUUAUGCUUGCGGCUAAUGUUUCAGUUGCAGAACAAAUCCUCAAACAUUUCGCUUCUUGUUCACUGUUGAGGCGUCAUCCUAUUCCGACAAGAGAGAUGCUUGAACCAUUGCUGCGUACUGCUGCAGCUGUGGGAAUUACCUUAGAUGUUUCGUCAUCCAAAACUCUGGCCGAUUCACUUGACCGUGCGGUGGGUGAGGACCCGUAUUUCAAUAAGCUGAUCAGGAUAUUGGCAACUAGGUGCAUGACUCAGGCUGUAUACUUCUGUAGUGGGGACCUCACUCCACCAGAAUAUCAUCAUUAUGGGCUUGCAGCACCUCUCUAUACUCACUUUACAUCUCCCAUUCGAAGAUAUGCAGAUGUCAUUGUACACAGAUUACUUGCUGCUUCAUUGGGGAUAUACAAGCUUCCAACAGUGUUCCAAGACCAACCUCAUCUUACUAGCGUUGCUGAUAAUUUGAACUAUCGGCAUAGGAAUGCCCAGAUGGCAAGUCGAGGUUCAGUAGAGCUGCAUACUCUCAUUUACUUCCGAAAGCGACCCACAGAUGCAGAGGCGAGAAUUGUGAAGAUACGAUCCAAUGGUUUCAUAGUGUUUGUUCCUAAGUACGGUAUAGAAGGGCCCGUUUAUAUAAUAGCGAAGGGUGAGAAGGGAGGAGGAGACUGGUACGUAGACGAGCAGCACCAGAAGGUUGUUAAGAUGGAUGGCAGUUUGUCUUACAGCGUCUUGCAGACUGUGAGGAUUCACAUGGAGGUAGUGGAGCCGCAGCCUAACCGGCCAAAACUCCAACUAAAUCUAUUGUAAAACUCUCAACCUUGAGUCUCACUUUCACUUGUGUUUUGUGGUUUGGACAUUGUUGGAGUUCUGGUGCUUUACAAUUAUAGAAGUAGCAAGUUUAUGUUUGGUUUUAUGCUAUUUAUUUUCUUCUUCCAGUUUCUGCACUCAUUUUCAAUGAGUUCAAGACAUUGUAACAUCGUUUUAUAUACAUCAGUGGACAUGAUUUUUGGGAUU